AUGUGGGGUCGUGUUGAAGAAGCCUUGCAUACAAUGCUAACUGAUAUGAGUGACGAACCAGCUCUGUUUUGUCGAGAUGCACCACCGGUAUUCAAUGAUGGAAAAGGUGAAGGUGUUGAUUCAGCCUUGGAAGAUAUACAGUACAAGGGGGACAAACUAUUUGUUGGACGGGUUUUCAAGAACAAAGCCGACUGCAAGAUAAAGCUUGCAAUACACGCUAUUAAUCAAAAAUUCCAUUUCAUGACCAGUCAGUCAACACCCAAGUUCAUGGUGCUUAAAUGCAUUUCGAAAACGUGUCCAUGGCGUGUUUAUGCAGUCAAAGUUGAUACGGCUGACCAUUUCCAGGUGCGACAGGCUAAUCAAAAGCAUACAUCGACAUUUUGUUGGCAUCAAGAGAGGGCCCCAUGCUGCCGCGAUUCGAAAAAUCCUACUAUCAGCAUCUCCUACUGGAAAGCUUGGCGUGCUAGGGAAGUUGCAAUGGAGCUCUCGUUAGGUUCAAUCGCGGGUAGCUACGCUCUACUUCCAGCAUACAUUGGCCUCCUCCAGCAAACAAAUCCUGGCUCUCUAUGCUUCACAGAGCAUGUUGAUGAUCCUGACGGUGCGAUGCGAUUUAAAUAUCAAUUCAUAGCAUAUGGAGCUUCCGUCAAGGGUUACAAACACAUCAGGAAAGUCGUGGUUAUCGAUGCAUUUGCUAUUGUCGACAGCGAAAAUGAUGAUGCUUGGGAGUGGUUCUUUAGACACCUCUCUGCUUUCAUCCUUGAUACAAUCGAGCUGGUCUUCAUAUCCGAUCGGCAUGCAAGCAUCUAUACGGGGUUGCGAAAGGUUUACACAGAAGCCCAUCACGCAGCUUGUACUGUGCAUUUGUGGCGCAAUAUACGACACUUGUACAAGCCACAAACAUUAGCCGGGUUAAAGUCUGCUGCAGCAAGGGCAUACCAUGUAGAUGAAUUUAACAAAAAGUUCUUAGAAAUCCAGCGGGUCAAUCCUGGGUGUGCUGCAUAUCUUGUGGAUAUUGGUUUCUCACACUGGACAAGAGUCCAUUCAAAGGAAGAGAACUUUGAGAGUGCUAUGUCAAUGGCGGUGAGGCCAAUCAGUGACUUUGAGUUCCAGGUGCAGAUCAGUUCUGGUGAAUGUUUCACCAUCAAUCUGGUGGAGGGUACUUGUUCGUGUAACGAGUUCCAGUCUUUAAACAUCCCUUGUGCUCACGCAGUCGCAGCAGCUACACCGCUUGGGAUUUCAAUUGAUACGUUCGUAGAUGUUGCAUACUAUGAGGAGACAAUAAGGCAUUCAUAUGCAGAGAGGGUGUAUCCCAUUCCUUCAGUUAGUGGAAAAUCAUCUGUAGGAUCAACUUCUGGUACAAGGGGUGACCUCAAUCCACCAUUUGCCCGGCGACCACCCGAGAGACCCAAAAUAAUUAGGAUUUUGUCACGUGGGGAGUUCAAGAGGCCUCGCCGUAAAUCAACAAGGAAAUGCUCUCGUUGCUGCCAUACAGGGCACAACAAAGCAUCUUGCAAAAACGCCAUCUAA